CUUUUGUGGUGCGAUCUUUUUCAAUUUUUGCAAGAUAUUGGUUCUUGGCCAUUUAAUGAAGCAGAAAAGGGACGUUGGAGAAUCUCAUAGGAGUUGUUCCAGGAGCCUUUUCCUCCACCCAGCCAGCAUGUCGGAUAAGCCACGGGUAUACCAGGGAGUCCGCGUCAAGACCACGGUGAAGGAGCUGCUGCAGAGACACAGAGCCCGGGCAGCGGACGAUAAGGAUCUAGCGCAGGUAUCCCAGGACUGCAUGGACAUCCCCAGCCUCUGCGUCGGCCUGUCCUCCCUUCAGAACGAUAGGAAGACGGGUGUGGGCGUUGUAGCCGUGACAUCAAGUUACCAGGACCACUACGUCGAUACCUCGGUUCUGCAGGCGGACGCCGAGUACAGCGUCCAGCUGACGGGGAGCGACGGGUACUACCAGCAGCACCAGUACCUGGACGGCGUGGUUCUGCCCACCGCCGAUCGAUACGGCGCGGAUAUCGGCGGCCAUCUCCCCCUUCUGACCCCCUCCACCUUCCCUCUGCCCGGCGCCCAGCUCUCUCCGGAGGCAGACUAUUAUAACGGAAUGGCUUCGUCCUCGUCUCCAGACUCCGUCCAGAUCUCCAGCCCAGUGGAGCACAACAGUUACUCGCCGCAGCAUUCCUCUUACUCGUCCUCCUCUUCCUCCUCUUACGACUCGCCGACCCGAGUGGAGCCCGGGUACCAGGGGUUCCCCGCCCUGGACCACUCUAACUACCAGCACUGCAGCUUUGCAGACUGCUACUGCCAGAUGCAGGCGCACUGCUGGCCGGCCCCGCAGGAGAGCCUUUGGGCGGCCGCGGAGUUCGCGUCCUACUACGGCCCCGCUGGCCCCGCCACCGGCACCACAGACUACCCCUACCCCGCAGAACAACACUGUCUGAAGAGGGGCUGGCCCAUGAGUUCAGACAUGUGCUACAAUAUACUCUGAUGAUGUGGAUCUUGAUGAUGUCUGUAAAUACAAUGCACUGCACGUGUUGUGGAAGAGCAGAAGACUGUGUCUGCAUAUUACCUGGUGUUCGACAGCCUUUUUCUACCAAAGUGUGGACUGACACAGUGAUGUGGGAACGUAAACGCCGUUUUUAUUUUUGUAUUACUGGAAAAUAAAACAUAUUUUUUAUACAGA